AAGCAAAACAAAGCUAAAAAGCAAAAGAAAGACGAAAACAACUGUCCUAAAUUCGGUGGAAAAUUUGAAACAAGCAAAAAGACCACCAUUUUUGAACAAAUACUCAGUUAUCCAAUAAACCUGAAUUCCUCACCAUUGCCCAACAUCACGCUCACUCUCACUCUAAGCGUUACUAUUUUUCAUCUCUCUCAUGGACCACUUUCCCUUCUCCAAAACCCUAACCCUUAAUCUUUUUCAUGCCCCUGUUUUUACCCCAUCUCAAAUUUCUGCUCACAAUUUUCCAGUUGUAUUUAAACACAGGCAUUCAACAUUACGCACGUCUUUUCUUCCCUGUAGAGAUGCAUUCAAUUUAUGCAGUAGCAUUUUUGGAUUCAAAGCGUGGAUUCAUGAUAAGUUCAAACUUCAGACAUCCAUUAGGAAACAUGGCCAAAGGAUGAUGCCAUCUGGCUCAGAUAUUCAACAAAAAGAAGACUUAUUGCAUAAGGUGGUAUUGUCAUUGUCAUGUGAAGAACAAGAACCCGAGGAAGUUCAUACUUCACGAGCUGUGUUGAAUGAUUCAAAUGAACAAGUAUCUAUUGAGACGUCGCAAAUUACCGACCGUUCUGUCCUUAGUGAUCCUUCUUCUGUUCCUGGUUCCUUCGAUUCUAUUGGAGGAGUUCCAUCAUCUUUGCCAGAAAAUGAAUAUCACAGUUAUCAUAGACAUGGCACACCUUCCCUUUCUAUUGCAGUUAUUGGGGCGACAGGAGAGCUUGCUAGAAACAAGGUUUUCCCAGCAUUGUUUGCUCUGUACUAUAGUGGCUUUCUUCCUGAGAAUGUUUCCAUAUUUGGCUAUUCGAGAAAGCAAUUGACUGAUGAAGACCUGAGAUCCAUGAUUGCAGGGACAUUGACCUGUCGAGUUGACCACCAAGCAAACUGUGGAGACAAGAUGGAUGCUUUCCUCAAAAGCACAUACUACCUAAAUGGAGGUUAUGAUAAUAAAGUGGGGAUGGCUAACUUAAACUCCAGAAUGAAACACACUGAGAUACUCCCUGAUGUUAAUUUACUCCAGGAUGGCUCUGAAGCAAAUCGUAUAUUUUACCUGUCUGUGCCUCAAGAAGCACUUCUUGAUGUAGCAUUGUCUCUUGCUGACUCUGCUCAAAGCAAGCAUGGUUGGAACCGAGUAAUAAUUGAGAAGCCUUUUGGAUUUGAUGCACAGUCUUCUUAUAAUCUGACACACACCCUUCUUUCUAAAUACAAAGAGGAACAAAUUUACAGGAUAGAUCAUCUUUUGGGGAGAGACCUUAUUGAAAACCUCACAGUUUUGAGGUUUUCUAAUCUUGUUUUUGAGCCACUAUGGAGUCGAACUUAUAUACGUAAUGUGCAAGUCAUUCUGUCUGAGGACUGGGGUAUCGAGAAAAGUGGGAGGUAUUUUGAUGGUUAUGGGAUCAUCCGCGACAUUGUCCAUAGUCAUAUUCUCCAGUUGAUUGCCUUGUUUGCCAUGGAGCCGCCUGUUAGCCUAGAUGGAGAAGAUAUACGCAAUGAAAAGGUUAAGGUUCUCAGGUCCAUCAGAAAAUUGGGGCUUGAUGAUGUUGUUCUUGGCCAGUACAAAGCUAGUGCCACGGAUAAAACUGACAUUUAUUUGAAUAGCCUCACGCCAACAUUCUUUGCAGCUGCUUUAUACAUUGACAAUGCACGUUGGGAUGGUGUACCUUUCCUGAUCAAGGCUGGCAUGGGGCUUAUCAAGCAUAGAGUAGAGAUUCGCAUCCAAUUUCACCAUGUGCCGGGAAAUUUGUAUCGUGACCGCAUUGGGCAUAACAUUGAUCUUGCUACUAAUGAGCUCAUUCUGCGUGAUCAGCCUGAUGAAGCCAUUCUAGUCAAAAUUAACAAUAAAGUUCCAGGGUUGGGGCUGCAGCUGGACACUUCAGAACUGAAUUUACUUUACAGAGACAAAUACAAUGUUGAAAUUCCUGAUUCAUAUGAGCAUCUUCUAUUGGACGUCAUAGAUGGAGACAACCAUCUAUUUCUACGUGGCGAUGAACUGGAAGCUGCAUGGAGCAUACUGAGUCCUAUUCUUCGAGAGAUGGAUGACAAGAAAGUGUCCCCAGAGCUCUAUCAGUUCGGAGGCCGAGGACCACUUGGCGCUUAUUAUCUUGGAGCAAACCAUGGGGUCAGGUGGGCAGAUGACUAGCAUUGAAGUACCAGAUGAAAGGGGAACAGAAAUGAAAUAAUCCAGCUUCAUGAGCUGGUUGGAAGACGUGCCAAUAAGCUGCUGUUUAUUUAACCACAUAUUGAUGCUUUUAACCUGAGAGAGAGAGAGAUGUAUCUUAGAUGAUGAGAGAGAGAUGUAUCUUAGAGAGAGAGAGAGAGAUGUAUCCUAGAUGAUGAAAGACCAGAAGUUUGCGAGGCAUUACUUGUUUGGGGCUACUUAUCAGGUUCCCUCAUGUAACCAAAACAGACAAGAGAGAGAGAGAGAGAGAGAGAGAGAGAGAGAUGUAUGAUGCAAGACCAGAAGUUUGUUAGCCAUUACUUGUUUAGGGCUACUCAUCAGGUUAAUGUACAACGUUCGACUGCAACUGAACGUAUUAAACAGCUGCCAUCGUUAGAAGACAUGCAAGAUUUGAACUCCAA